CUUUGACCUUAGACCUCCAUGACUGAAGGGUCAGUUUCCGGUUCCGUGUGUCCGCCAUUUUUAUUUGACGGCGCAUCACGCGGCGGCGACUCCUUUGUCUCCAGUUUGGCCGUUUUCGAGACAGUUAACACAUAAGCAAUUAAUCAGCACUAUUGACCGAAGACAUGGCCGAGAGAAGCAGUGAGGUUGCAAUGGACAACCAACCAACUGAACGCGCAGGAGACGAGACAAACAGCAGCGGGGAAUUAGACACAGGAAGGCAUCAAAACAAGCAUGAGGACAUUCCAUGCGAGGAAACAAGCGGAGUACAAUCUGACCAUCCUCCCGCACAGGGUCUAACAGACCAGACGGACAGACAUGCGGUGAAACGUGCUGUGGACAAACGAUUAGAAUGCGGGGAAUGUGGCUACAGGACAGCCAAGAAGGAUCACCUAAUACAACAUAUAAGAAAACAUACUGGCGAGAAACCAUAUAAAUGUGACAGUUGCAACUUUUCUACUGCACAGAAGGGCAACUUAAACCGACAUAUGGCCAAACACACUGGCGAAAAGCCCUACAUGUGUGGUGAGACCGGAUGCCAGGCGACUGACAAGUCUCACCCAUUGAAACAUGUGAUUCAACAGCCAGGUUUGAAACGUUAUAAAUGUGAUCAGUGCGAAUAUUCUGCUGCAUUGAAAGGCACUUUAGACAGACACAAGGCUAAACACACCGGAGAAAAACCCUACAUGUGUGGGGAGUGCGGGUACAGGACGGCUAAUAGGUCUUACUUGACCGUACACAUGAGGUCGCAUACAGGUGUGAAACCUUACAAAUGUGACCAGUGCGACUAUUCUGCUGCAAGGAAAAGCCAACUAGACCGACAUGUGGCUAAACACACCGGAGAAAAACCCUUCAUGUGUGAAGAAUGCGGGUACAGGACGGCUGACAGGUCUCACCUAUUCCAACAUAUGCGAAAACACACAGGCGAAAAACCAUUCAAGUGUGACCAGUGCGACUAUUCUACUCCAAAGAAAAGUGCUUUAGACCGACAUAUGGUUAACCACACGGGUGAAAAACCCUACAUGUGUGGUGAGUGCGGGUUCAGGACGGCUGACAGGUCUUACCUAUCUGAGCACAUGCGAAGACAUACAGGUGUAAAACCCUACAGAUGUGACCAGUGUGAUUAUUCUACUGAAGGGAAGAGUAAUCUAAACAGACACAUGGCCAAACACACCGGAGAAAAACCCUACAUGUGUGGAGAGUGCGGGUACAGGGCGGCUUACAAGCAUCACCUAUCCCGACAUAUGACAACACAUACAGGUGUGAAGUCGGCUACAAAUGUGACAAGUGCGACUAGUCUGCCGGACGGAAAAGCUAUUUAAAUCAUCACCUGGUUAAACACUGUUGACAGUUGCCGAUACGGGACGGUUGACAGGUCUGACCUGUAUUAAAACACGUUAACAUACUAUAGGUGAAGACUCAAACCACAAAUGCGAUUAUGCUUAUAUCAGGAUGAUCUACAUGUGGAAAAAUGAAAUAAACGAUGUGAGUAGAAGUUGAAUGUAGUCAUUGUGGUUUUAUUAAAA